AUGCUCUUGUCACUUAAUGACUGGACAGUUGCUCUGAACCAAAAAUCUAGUUAUUUUAUAAGGUCUGCCACCAAAGAGACGUUGUAUAAAUCACACAUGAUGGUAUCCAUCCUGAGAUUGUUCAUUGUUUCAUUCAUCAUUUUUAUCCGACCGCACUUUCCAAGGUGGAGUAUUGUCUCCUUCCCUUUUUCGUCCGCACCUUUGAACUUCCCUUGUUGCUCAAAAAUAUUGCAAUUACGUGCCAGAUGUCUGCCGAUGAUAUCAAAAUCUACAAGCCUGUUGAUUCCCCGAGCAAUUCCUUGUCAGUUCAAAAAGCCGUUGAAACAGAAUAUGAGUGGUCUGUGA